AUGACAGUAAAUUCAGAAAAUGAAAUAUCAAAUUCGGAAAAAGAGGAUAACGAAAUAUCAGUAAAAAGUAAUGAAAAUGGUGAGGGAAGUGCUGAUAACAAUGAAAAUGAUGAUAAAAGCGAAAAAAAAUAUUUUGAAAAAAAACAUAAAGAACUUAAAGAAAAAUUAAAAAUGCUAAAGGUUAAUAGCAACAGUAUGAGCAAUAAUAGUGUAGAUAAUAAUGACAACAAUAAUGAUAAUGAAAAAUGUGAUUCAGAUAAAAAGGAAGAAAAUUCAUCCACAUCCAAAGGGGAAAUGACGCCAGAAAGAAAAGAGAAGGAGAAAAAAUAUAUAGAACUUAAAAAAAAAUUAGAUCUUUUAAAAUUAAAAAAUAAAUUAGAAAAAUUAAAAAGGGAAAACGAAGUAGAUAAUUAUGAAAAACAACAAAAAAAAGACGAAUAUAACCAUAGUAGAGAUAGUAAUAGUAGUGAUUAUACAAAACAAACAAAAUACAAAAAAAAAAGACGAAGUAACACAAAUGAAAAUAGUGAUGACUAUUAUGAAAAAAAUAAAUAUGAUAAUAAUAGAAGAAGGCAUGAAAAAUAUCGAAAAACAGCGAUGAGAGCUUCAUAUGGUUCAUCAUCUAUAAGUAAUGAUAGAAUGUUAAAUAAAAAAAGAAGGGAAAACUCAUCAAGUAAUAAUUAUUUCAGGAAAAAAGACAAACCCCAUAGAAAAAGAACCCGUAGUCAAAGCAGCUCAUGUAGUCAUAGAAACAGAAAAUGGAUAAAAGAUAAACGAAGAAGAAGCAUAUACAGUAAUAGUAGUGAAGAAAACAAAUGGAGAAUGCGGGAAGUUAGUAGAGAUAGAAAAAAUAGAAGGAAAAAUUAUGAUGAUAUCAAAGGGUAUGAUAAUCGCCCAAGUUAUAAUAAAUACAAACGUUCCGAAUCACGAUAUUAUAGUAGCGACAGUGAUAUUCACAAAAAUAAAAGAAAUUAUAUUUCUAGAGAAGAUAAAAAACGUGAUUUAUAUGAUGAUAGAAAUUCAAAUUAUAAAAGAGGAGAAAUGAGUAGUCAUAAAUAUUUAUAUAAUAAAAAAACUGGAGAAAAAAUUGAAAAAAAAUAUUAUCGUGUUAUUCUCGGACAGUAUGCAGAUAAAGAUAGUUGGAAUAAUUAUACUAAUUGGUUAAAAAAAAAAAAUGAUUACAGAUUUAAUUUGCCUUUUGAUCAACACAAAAUAUAUAGACAAUCUCAGUCUCUAUCUCCAACAACAUGGGAAAAUAUUUUGGAAAAUUCCGCAAGUAAAGAUAGCGAUCAAAAUGAUAAAAAAAACAAAAAUAAAGUUAAGCAUACUGUAUCAAGUGAGAGCAUAGAACAACCUAUUGAUAAAAAUGAAAAAAAACAAAAAAAAUCAAAAGAUGAUAAAAAAAAGGAGAAAAAAAAAAAAAAAAAAUAUAGUUCCGAAACGGAACAUUCCAAACUUGAUCAUUCCGAAUUGAGCUCAUAUAGUGAAUAUUCUUCUAAAAAGAAAGAUAAAAAAGAAAAAAAAAAAAAAAAAAAAAAAAAUACCGAAUUGACAUACAGUGAUUAUGAAAAAAUGGACAAAAAAUAUAAAAGUAAAAAAAGUGUAGAAGAAUAUAGUAGUUCUAUUGACGAAGAGUACAAAAAGGAAAAAAAACACGAUAAAAAAAAAAAAAAAAAAAAAGAAUCGAAAAGCAAAAAAUAUGAGAAGCAUAAAAAGGAUAAAAAUAAAAAAAAUAAACGUAAAAAAAAGUAUGACGAUUCAGAUGAAGAUAUAAGAAAAUCAAAUACAACCUCAGCCACAUCCUUGUCUUUUCUAUGUGAAGGAUAUGACUCACUAAAUGAAAAAUUGUACAAACGAGAUUCUUCUAAUUCUAUUGAAAAAGAUAAGGACAUGAAAAAAAAAAUAAAAAAAAAAAAUAAUAAAGAAGAAGAAAAAGAAGAAGAAGAAGAACAUAAGAAAAAUAAAGAAAAUAAUAAACAAAGUGAACAGUUUGGAAAAGAAGAGUUUAAAGAUGACGAAAAUGAAAAUGAAGCAACAGAUGAUGAUACAGAUAGUGUAGGACCAAAACCUCUUGAUAUAAAUGUAAAAUUAGCAAAUAAACAAAUGGAUUAUGGUGGUGCUAUGAUGCCAGGAGAAGGUCAAGCAAUAGCACAAUUUAUUCAAAAAGGUAAAAGAAUACCAAGACGUGGUGAAGUGGGAUUAUCUGCUGAAGCUAUAGAAAAUUUUGAAAAUCUUGGAUAUGUUAUGAGUGGGUCAAGGCAUAAACGAAUGAAUGCAAUACGUAUAAGAAAAGAAAACCAAGUUUAUAGUGCCGAAGAGCAAAGAGCCUUAGCUAUGUUUAAUUAUGAGGAAAGGGCAAAUAGGGAAAAUGCAUUAAUAACAGAUUUAAAGGAAAUUUUAAGAAAACAAAAUGAAACUAUAUUAAAUGACGAAAAAAAUGAUACCUAA